AAAAAUAAAAUUGUACAGAGAUACAGAAAAGUAACAAAAAAAUGUUAAGCUGCAACACACUGAACAAACAUUUGAACUCAUAAAUCAAUGUAGAAAUAAAUAUCACAGUUUUUGUAUGUUACAAGAAUUGCCUGUGUUAAGAAAACACUGGUCAACUGUACAAGAUUGCUUAUGCUGUUUGAAUCUUACUUUUUAUUUACUCGGAAAAUAUUAUCUUACUGAAACAGCUCACAGCUGCACAAAGCUGAAAUAUGACACUUUACCAAUUAUCUGGAAUAAUCAGAAUAGAUUUUCCCCAUAAGGCAUUGCUAUAACCUUGUAAUUUCAAUUUCCAGAAUUGUUUUAUUUUCAUUACAACAGAUUAAAGUAGUUUGUAGCAUCCUCUAGUGGAAACUAACCUUAGUGCCACAAUAGAUGCAAAAAUAUGUGAAUGUAUCUACCUGCAUGUUUCUCCCAUGUGGCCAGAGAUAGAAAGUACACUGUUAGUUGCUGUGCUCAGGCUGCUAGGAUUGUACUCCUAACUGAAAAUGUCUGAUAUGGUCUCAUUCAAAACUUUAUGUUCUUUGAUACAUAAAAGGCUUCCACAAAACAGGACCAGGGUCAGAUGUUACAGUGAAAAACAGUCUUUUAACCAAAUUUUAAUUGUACUUUAUUGCUUAAAGUUAUUGCACUGUAACUGGUUAAAUAGAGGUUAUUAAAAAAAAUAACAGUUAAAAAUCCUACAUGAACCACUUCAAAAUGUUUGCCAUUUUCUUUACAAUAUCACAGUGUCUUUAAUAUUCCAGUGAUUCUCAGACUUGGGAUUAUAACUCUGUUAUCAAAAAUGGUAGAAAAUAGAACACAUUAUUAAUACAUGAUUAAAAUACACACAAACAAGCUGCGAGUUUCUUACUUGUUUCAGAGCAUCGACCAGUUGUGGUAAUUUCCAAAAAAGCAAUCACACCCACAACCCCAUAAAUCCUUACCGAAUUUCUUCGUAUUCAUGGUAAAGGUUGUCAGUGUGUCCUGUAUUAAUUUGUUUAAGAUUCACAGUUUCAUCCAAUGAACCUACACAUGUAAACACCCUCUGGGGUUACAGUGGAAAGCACUAUAGCCUAUACUGAACACAGUGCUUUACUUUUCUAUUUCACUUACCUUUUAGCCAACAUUUGUUGUAAGAGCAUGUGCAACUAAUGACAUCAGAGGUAGCUCUUUUUAAUUAGUGAGAAGAACCCACAACUUAUGUUGUUGUAAGCUGAUGUAUUUAGCAAGGGUAUAGUGCCAAAUGGUUUGUUUUGCUGAGUAAAUUAUGUCUUUACUUCAACGUGUUGUGUGAUUUUUAAAACAUCUUGAAAUAUAUGCAAAACACCAAAUUUGCUGCUGAUUAUUGUCCUCCAGUCGCCUUGUCAAAAAACAAUAGUGCUAACUUUAAAUACAAGUUGCCUGGGAGCUACUUUUAGCGUGACACAAUUCUUAGAGGUAGAGUUUAGUGGUUAGAGUUUAAGCUCAGAUAUUUGAAAGUAAAGCCAGGAUGGUUCCAGAAGUUUUGGCCAUGCUCAUAUAUAUUUCCUUAUGCUAGGUUAUGUAACUCUGUCUUUGUGAAACAGUUCUAUGGUCUUCAGUGAAAAAGGGUCUGGUGUUCUGAACAGAUACACCUUACACAAAAUAAAAACAUAGAAUGAGAAUGUGGAGAUAAAACGUGGAAGCAAUAUUUCAAACUUUGACAAAUUGAUAAGCCCUCAAAACAGCCAUAGCGUUCAUUUGGAAAGCUAUCUGUUUUCAAGAUAGCUUUAUGAAUAUGCAAAGAUAUGCAAAAUUCAUCUGUUCAAUGACGCAGCAUUGCGAUAUUAUUAUUAUUAUUUCCUCAUAUGUUAAUAAUGUUUUGCACAUGCCGUUUUAUACACAAAAUUGGUCUGUAUUCGCACUGAAAAUUUCCAGUGAGAUUUGAAGAUUAAGAUUUUAUCAUUUGAUCAAUUUUAUAGUUUGCUUAACAACGUUUUUUUUUUUUUUUGCUUUAAAAGUAAACUCACUUGAUUGAUAUGUCUUUAGUUAUCAUUCUGCCUUAGCCCGUAAAUCUUGUUUAAAGAAACUAAUUGUGCUUUUUAUCCAAACCAAGGUUAGCAGUUUUCCAAGUUUUCCGAGCCUGGAGAGCACGCUGGUGACAUUGCUGUCUGAGGCUCCCAUACAGAUCACACUUCACACAAUCAAGUCAUGAAGUUCUCAGUUGUGGGCUGUAGGCGGCGACAGAGAGCUCAAUUUCUGUAAAAACAACAUCUCACCUUCUUUCUUUAGUCCAAGUGCUGGAACACGUUUGAGUGACCAUGGAGCGCGUUUGCUGUCAAGUAGUUCAGCGUUAAUACGCCGUGAAUAGUUGUAAACAGGGGACCUUUGAAAAGACACGAGGAGCAGGACUCGAAGCGAUGGCCGCACGGGAGGAAGGAGAGGUUUUGCACGGUAAACUAAGGCACCACGACGGGACUGGAAGUGUAAACAGCUCAGAGGGCUUCAGGAACGGCUAUGUGAAGAGCUGCGUCACCCCCCUUAAACAGGACCAUCAGAGAGGAUUUUUGUUCAGCGUGUGCAGGUUUUGUAACGAAGACGUCCUCAAUUCCAAACUGUUAAAGGUGUCUGCCCUCUACGUGGGCGCCUUUGUUGUUUUCGCCGUCUCUUUCCUCAUUUCCAGGAGCUUGCAAAGUGACUCGGUGUGGGAUUUGCGGACUUUUUUGUUGGGCUUCUCCCAGUCCAUCAGUCCUCUGUUCAGCAUAGGAUGUGCGUUCUUCUUCCUCACCUUUUACCUGCGGAGGAAGAAGAAGCAGAGCAGCAGAUCGUGGCUCCUGUCACUGCCAGCUUCAUGCUACCUCGGGGAUUUUCUGGUUCUGCGGUUCUUGCAAUGGGGAGAGGACCAGCACCAGAUGCAAAUGGUGGGCAGGUUGUUGUUCGUGUUGGGAUGCGUGGGUCUGCUCACGCUGAUCCCGACGCUCAAACUCAAGCACAGCGUCCUCGUCCUGGUGUUCGCCAGCGUGGUGUGGCUGCUCUCCCUCACAAGUUUGAGCGGUCUGCCCGCACUGCUCAGACCGCUCCUGGCCUGCUUUGCGGGGGUUUCUGGCUCCCUGUUGGGGAUCUGUUUUGACCGCUAUUACCAGACAAGGGAAGCGCCGUGUGGGAUUUCCAGCACGGAGGAAAAGGUCCCGGUGAUCAAACCGAGGAGACGGUCCAGUUGUGUUUCACUGGGGGAAACGUCGACCAGCUAUUAUGGCAGCUGUAAAAUGCCCCGCAGACCCUCGUUGCCCUGCAUAUCUAGAGAGCAGAUGAUCUUGUGGGACUGGGAUCUGAAACACUGGUACAAGCCACAGUAUCAGGGUGCAGUGAGUGGAAAUGGUGUGGAUCUCUCAGUCAUCAACGAGGCCAGGAACCUUGUGUCAGAGCUGCUGAUGGACUCGUCACUGUCACCAAACACCGCCGCGACUCUGCGAAGCAUCUCCAGCCUGAUGGGGACGUUUUCAGGCUCAUGUCGCCCCAGGGUCAACCCCUUUACGCCCUUCCCAGGUUUCUACUCUGUAGAGGCAGAGGACUCUGCAGAGAGGAGCGACAGGAAAGGCAUGAAGGGUUUGAGUAGCAGAAACAGCCUCCCUACCCCUCAGCCCAGGCGGAGUUCAACCUCCUCCACACCGUCUGCACUCCCUCCGCUAGACUCUGCCUCUUCUCGCUGGGAGCGCAACAAUGGAAAGAGACCCCACUGUGACCUCAGUCUGACCAGCUCAAGUCUGACCAACGGUCCCAAUGCAAACCUGCUCACCAUUCCCAAACAGAGGUCUUCCUCUGUCACCCUAACAUACCACACGGUGCCCAGAAGAACAGGCACGUCUCCCAGUCUCAGCCCAGUCACCUCACCAAGCCAUAGCCCCCCCACACUAAAUACAGGUUCCUCAUCAUCCCAUGCCCCUCGGUUGCCCGUGGAGUUCCCCGACACAGCGGACUUCCUGACAAAGCCGAGUGUUAACCUGAACCUCCACAAGCCUUUAGUCAGCUCCACUGAUUUCCAGCAGGCCUUUCGUAGCUCUACCUUCUCUCUCUGCACCAGCUGUGGUCGUCAGAUGCUCAAGGGAAUUUCCAGCGGUGAGUCGGGGGACUCUCAUCAGCUGUUCAACAGCGAGGCUCAACGCAGGCGCUCAGUGGUUGAAGGGCUGGAGUAUGCUGGGGGGGAUUUUAUCAGGGAAGAGCCAGACGUGACUGGAGAUGGGAAGCCAGACGCUGAAGGAGACCUGGGUGUGGUAGAGGAGGAGAAGGAGAAGAGGCCCGUCACUGAGCUGCAGACUCAGAAAGCAGAGGGGGAACAGGAGUUCAUACUUGAUUCCAUGCUGGAGGACCACGAGGGUCUCAUGGAGAAGAUGGACACCUGGAACUUCCAGAUUUUUGAACUGGUGGACACAACAGGAGGGAAGACGGGAAGGAUCCUCAGCUACGUGACAUACACGCUUUUCCAGGAUAUGUGUCUAUUUGAGAUCUUCAAGAUCCCCGUGAAGGAGUUCAUGUCCUACUUCUGUGCUCUGGAAAGUGGCUAUAGAGACAUUCCCUAUCACAACCGGGUCCAUGCUACAGAUGUGCUCCAUGCUGUUUGGUACUUAACCACUCGACCAAUCCCUGGGUUUCAGCAGAUCCACAGUGAGCAUGUGACAGGAAGUGACACAGAUUCAGAUAGUGGAAUUUCCCCAGGCAGGAUAUCAUACGCCACCUCCAAGAGCUCCUCCAUUUCAGAUGACAGCUACGGCUGCCUGGCCUGGAACAUACCUGCCCUGGAGCUCAUGGCCCUUUAUGUAGCAGCUGCAAUGCACGACUACGACCAUCCUGGUCGUACAAACGCCUUUCUAAUAGCCACUAAUGCACCUCAGGCAGUGCUGUACAACGAUCGCUCAGUCCUAGAGAACCACCAUGCUGCAUCCGCCUGGAGCCUCUACCUGUCCCAGCCCGAGUACAACUUCCUGGCCAACUUGGAUCAUGUUGAAUUCAAGCGUUUCCGCUUCCUCGUCAUCGAGGCAAUACUGGCCACAGACCUCAAGAAGCACUUUGACUUUCUGGCUGAGUUCAAUGCCAAGGUAAACGAUGUAAACAGUCCAGGAAUUGAUUGGACCAAUGAGAACGACAGACUUCUGGUGUGCCAAGUUUGUAUCAAGCUGGCAGACAUCAAUGGACCGGCCAAAGUCCGAGACCUGCACCUCAAGUGGACAGAAGGCAUUGUCAAUGAGUUUUAUGAGCAGGGCGAUGAAGAAGCAAAGUUAGGAUUACCCAUCAGCCCCUUCAUGGACCGCUCUGCACCGCAGCUGGCCAAGCUGCAGGAGUCUUUCAUCACCCAUAUUGUGGGACCUCUCUGUAACUCCUACGAUGCUGCCGGUCUGCUUCCUGGUCACUGGGUAAACGAAUCGGAAUCAGAUGAAGAAGAUGAUGAAGCACAGGAGGACACAGAUGAAGAAGAAGAUGACGAAGAUGAGUUAGAAGUUGAUUUGGCAACAGGAAGGACGAAAGACCGUCGCAGGUUGUUCAGCUGCAUCAUGCAGCACCUGACGGAGAACCACAAGGUUUGGAAGAAGAUCAUUGAGGAGGAGGACAAGAACAAAGAACUUGGCAAACAGCAGCAGCCAGACAGCUCGCCCACCUCCCCGUCAGAUGACAUCCAGGUCAUCCAGGAGGAGGAGGAAGGGGAGGAGCGUCAGUAGCAGGAGGACAAAGUGAAUGUGCAAAGCUGCACAAAAUGAAAAGGAGAAGCUGUGGAAGGACUGAAGUUGUUCAACCAUCUGCCUUUUACUGACACAAAGACAGAGAGUCAAUAAAUGCACAUAAAACAUACUUUGUUCCCGCUCUAUCCUGAACACACACAUUAAAUGAUUCACUGUGCAGACACUCAAAUGUUAAAGUAGUCACGUCGUUUUUCAGAGAAACAAAAAGGCCUUACUACUGUGAGCGGAUCCUUACUGCAACGGUAGGGGCCCAACCCCUAUGCACUUUCAGCCCAUGGAGAGUCAAGUGCAAACAGACAUAAAAGCACCAGAACCAAGGGUAAAGGUGCAGAAGAGGACUAUGGACGGGGGUCCAGCAUUAACUUUUCCUCCAUGGUGUAUUGGCUGUGAUGCUGCCUUGAAUGCAAAGCGCUUAACACUUAACACCUCCUUUAGGUACAAAGUAGUUCCUGUUUAUUUAAAAAACAAUUACACGAAAGGUAGAGGAAAAGUACUGAAGCAGGUGGUAUCCUUAGCCCUUACCAAAGUGGACAGUCUGUAAGACAAGAGACUGAAACUGCUUCAGCCUCAGUGUCACGAAAUAUAUAUAUAUAUAUA